AUGAAGGGAGGGUGGAGGGUCGAUAAGUCCUGUGUCCCCGGAUCCACCGAGGACACGCUAGGUGGCGGCGGCGGAUGGAACGUCGCUGCCACAACAGUCCAGGCGGGCAAACCCGCAGAGGCCACUUUAGUUGCUGACGAAGACCCGGGCAUGUCCUAUGGGGAGGACACACGGGGUAGGACCACAGCCGUGGUCGACGUGGAGGUGGACGCGCCCAUUGCGGGGGACGCCCGUGGUACGGCCACACCCGUGGCCGGAGUGGAGGUGGACGCGCCUGCUGAGGCGGACGCCCGGGGUCGGCACGACGUGGAGGAGGACUCGGUUUGGCAGCAGCAGACGAAGGCGCGGGGGCUGCAACCGAAGCAGGCACCGAUGCUGGUGUGGAUGCCGGCAGGGAAGCAGGUGCGGAUGCCGGCAGGGAAGCAGGUGCGGAUGCCGGCAGGGAAGCAGGUGCGGAUGCCGGCAGGGAAGCAGGUGCGGAUGCCGGCAGGGAAGCAGGUUAUAUACGAUAGUGCCGGCUCGUCCGUGCUAUCGUCACGUGAUCUCUUCCGGUUCACUUCGCGCGAGAGAAUGAACAUCGCGGCGGACGGUGGUGCUGGCCCUCCUCCUGGAGGACACCAUGACGACAGGACCUCAAACCCUGGGAUUGUCCCAGGGAGGGUCAUGUCCGAACACAGCACCCCGUCCAAUGCACUCAUGCGCUGUCGGAGACCAUUUGUUAUGGGAACCUUCAACGCAUGCUCAGCGAGAGAAGAAGCGAGGUUGAUAGAACUUACACACUGUGCAGAAGAACGGGAAGUGGAGAUCCUGGGGGUCCAAGAGCACAGGAGAGUGCACACUGAUGACUCCAUCCUGUACUGCAGAGUGGAGAGAUGCACGAUCAUUUCUGCAUCUGCGUGGAGGAACGAGGCCCAGGCCGCAAUAGGCGGUGUAGGGUUAAUGCUGGGCCCACGGGCACGUAAGGCUCUCCGUUGGGUUAACCACCACACCGACAGGAUUCUGAGCACAGAGUUCUCGGGCAACCCAGUAACAACAGUCAUUGUCGUGUACUCACCCACCAUUGUGGCACCAUCUGACGUGGUAGAGAAGUUCUUUGAGGACCUUGUAAGAACGGUCCGUGGCGUCACAGCGCACAACUUCCUGGCAAUCCUUGGGGACUUCAAUGCAAGGCUUGGACCAGAGGACGCACCCUUCCGGUACCACGACUCUACCAACCACAACGGCACCUACCUCACUGCCUUCCUCAUGGAACAUGAGCUACUGACGGCGAAUACCAUCUUCCGGAAGAGGACAGGAAAGAGGUGGACCUUCCGAGACCGAGCCUCAGGAACACUACGGCAGCUAGAUUACAUCCUAGUGAGGAAAAAAUGGAGGAACUCCAUCCUGAAUGCUGAGCCAUACAGCACUUUUAGUUCUGUGGGCUCAGACCACCGUGUGGUCUCAAUGAGAGUUCGCCUGAGCCUCAGGGUCCCCAAACCAAGUCCCAAGAUCCAGUAUAACUGGAAAGCCUUCUCAAGUGACCCUGGCCUUCAAACCAGAUACGCAGAGGAGAUGAGGAGAUGAUUCCAGCAGCUGGACAGGGGAGCGGAGG